AUGGCGCAACCAAGCUUCCCUGGCGACGAUUCGACCAUCACACAUCUCGUCCACAACAUCGUCGAGGAGGCCGUGCGGUCCGUCGAGGGGGUUCCCAUUCCCCUGACCCCACGAACACCUACUCAGUGGCCCGUCGAGGAACUCGCUACCCGGGAAGCGUUGCGAUAUUCCAUUAGCUCCAGCAAAGUCAGGGAAUUGCUCGACUUCUCCGCUCUGUCGUAUGCCGAUGAACCCGACGACAAUCUGCUCUGUCCCAUUUGCAAGCUUCCCGUUGUUACUCCCAUCAUCACUCCCUGCGAUCAUACCUUCUGUCUCGAAUGCCUCAAGCGCCAUUUCCAUACGUCCGAUACAUGCCCCAUCGACCGGACUAAAUUCCGCGCCAGGGACUGCAAGACCUCGAGACUCCUGACCAACAUUCUCGAUAGUCUGGUUGUCGAGUGCCCCAAUACCGAGCGAGGAUGUGGUGAAACAAUGAAGCGCGAGGAAGUCGUCAAGCACGCCAUUAACUGCAGGUAUACGCUGCACAACUGUCCUGACAAGGCCUGCGAUAAGAGAGUGGAGCAGUGGCUGGCAGUCUCGGGCAAGUGCUGGCAUUUUGAGCAGACAUGCGAGUACUGCGAGGACAAGAUGGAAGCGGCCUCGAUGGCGGAUCACAUCAACAAGAAGUGCACCAAGAACACAGCAAACUGCACCGACUGCGGUGAGGCGAUUAAGCGGUCUGAAGUCAGCCAACACCGUGACAGCAGCUGUCCAGAGGCAUCGGUUCUCUGCAGGUACUCCCCUUACGGUUGCGUCUACAACGCUCUUCGCAAGGUCCUUGGUACCCACGAGGACGAGUGCAUCUUUAGAGUGGUCGCCGUCGUGGGCGAUAAGGUCAGGGUCCAAGAGAGGCAGAUCGAGAGGCUGCAGAAGCAGACGGAAGAGCAGGAAAGACAGAUUAUGGAGCUGAAGGACGAGCGACGGGAUUGCAUCUCGUGGGACGAUGUCUUCAACCUGAACAAUGUCCAAGGAGGACCAAAGUUCAAGCCCACCGAGGCUGUUAUGACGAUUUAUGAGGAUAUGGAACGCCGCAUGGAGGAACUCAAAAAGGAGUUCACCGACCUAGAAGGGCGGCAGACGGUCAUGGUCUUGAACCAGGUCAUGCCGAUCAAGGACCAGAUCACCGAGAUCAGGAGCAACCUAGGCAUACUGAAAAUGCACAUGGCUUGGCUCAUGAACAAGAGCCGCGAGGAAGUCGAGCGUAGCCGCCUGGCCAACCGCAGUGUCAGCAGCACCAGUCGGACACGCGGCAGCUCCGAUAGCGAUGGCGAAGCCGCCCCUUCAACGUCUCGGCGACUGAGCGACGGGUCGAACGGCAUCCCUCGCCUUUGA